AUGGAGGCAGACAAACAGAAAAGUGAUCUACAAAAGAUUAGAUAUUUAAUUUGGCUCAACACACGACAGGCAGAUCCAAGACCGCAAAUAAGCAGUCAGAGAUGUGUAUCACAAGGUCGCGGUUGUCUGUUUUCUGGCGCUACAUUUAGAGGUACACAAAAGAGCGGUAGAAUGAGUUAUGAUGUUUCGGUACAAAUUGUCAAUGUCGAUUUGGCAGCUUCGCAUUUGUGCGGAUAUCUCAAUAUUCGCGGAUUGACGGACGAUUGGCCUGAAUUGACAACUUAUUUCGAUGCAGAAAUUAUUGGUCAAAAGUAUGGAUUUCUGACAAACAAAUGGGGUGCAACAGAAGCAGAUGAUAUGAAACACUGGAGUCGUUUCACACCUUUUCGUCCGAUCCGAAGUACGCUUACCCGGCCUGGACUACGAUUCAACCAUAUGAACAAACCUUUCAUCUUUAUGAGAUGGAAAGAACGCUUCCUCGUUCCUGAUCAUCGAGUAAGGGAUAUCAGUGGAGCAAGCUUUGCGGGAUUUUACUAUGUGUGCGUUGAGCUUGGAGAUGAUGCAAAUCAGAUGCCCAAGCAAUCCCUGACAUCUCCUGCCAGUCCAAUGAUGAGUGGUUUUUAUUUCCACGAGCAUUCUGAACCUUAUCAACAAUUAACAUUACGACAUGUUUCCGAAUCCAGCACAUCUUCAUUCGAGCUGAGAUGAGUUAAUUUUUCAGCAUUUCUUUUCUCUUUUGUAUCAUUUGGAAUCGGAUUCUUUUCUGUCGUUUUCGAGAUUUUUUCCUUGUAUGACUUACUGCCAUUCUUCUUACAUUUGUUUCUCCUUUUAAAAAUGCUAUAAUGUGU